CAAACGCGUGUUUUCGCAAAAAUUUGAACAUUUCUCCGGUUCCGGUCGACUUUUGCGGCCAGAAAAUGUUUAAACCGGAAAGCCACGGGCUUAGCCCGGACUUUCGGCUCACCAAAUUCUCGACUCUGCGUGGGUGAGGCUCAAAAGUUCCUCAGGAUGUCCUCAACCGACUUCUUGCAGGAGUUUACCCCGAGCAGCAGCAGCAGCAACACGUAGUUGAUAAGAAACCCGAAGAUGAUAAGAGCAAGGAAGGUGUUGGUAUAGGUUUAGAUUCAUCUGUAAUUGCACUCCGCGAUGAGCUUUUUUUGGUGCAAUCCGUGGAUUUCUUCUAUCCCCUGAUUGAUGAUCCGUUCACGUUAGGCCGGAUUGCGUUGGCCAACGUGGUGAACGAUGUAUACGCAGUCGGAGCGACCGAGAUUGAUCAGAUCAAGCUCAUCGUUUCCGCACCGACGGAGUUCACCGAGAAAGAGCGGGAUGUAGUCGUUCCGAUGGUGAUGGACGGCUUUCUGUCGGCGGCCAAAGAGUGCAAAGCACCGGUCCACAUUGGCAGCAUCGCAGAGAACCCGUGGUGCAUCAUUGGUGGUGCCGCAACGGCUGUUUGCCAUCGAUCCGAGCUAACAAUGCCAUACAAUGCAGAAGUGGGAGACGCAAUUGUACUAACGAAACCACUCGGAACGCAACUCGCCACCAACGUUUACAUCUGGAUGAACGAACAAUCCGACAAUUGGACCCGGCUCCAGGAACGUUUCAGUGUGGCUGACGUGGAGGAAACGUAUCGCAUCGCGUUGGAGUCCAUGUGUCGGCUCAACCUUACCGGAGCGAAACUAAUGCGCAAAUACAACGCACAUGCAGCGACCGACGUGACGGGGUUCGGGCUGUACGGGCAUGCGGAAAACUUGGCCAAGUACCAAAAGGCCGAAGUUGAUUUCCACAUCGACAAACUGCCAAUCAUAAAAAACGUGCGCGAGAUGGCCGAGGUGCUGGGUCGCAGUGCAAAAUUGUUGGCCGGCAAGGCGGUGGAAACCAGCGGUGGAUUACUUAUUUGCCUUCCGAGUGCUGAUGCGGCCAGCUUCUGUGAAGAGUACAGGAGCAGCACUUCUCAUCCCGCUUGGAUUAUCGGUAGCGUCAAAGAAGGCAAGCGUUGUGCACAGAUGAAUUUAAACCUAGAGUACAUAGAGGUAGAUUGAUGUUGAAACAGCAACCGCAGUUGUGUGGAUCCGGCGUUGAGAGAAUAGGCGUAAAGCGUAUGAUGCGAGUUUCGGAAAGGCGUAAAAUGCUGGGAAAUUUGUUAAUGUUUUCUUUCGCUUUCCCCCCACGCGAGAUGCACACCCUGGUUGAAUAAAUUCGUUUUUUGUGACC